AUGGGGAAAUUAUGUUGGUUCAACAAAACUAAAUUGACUAUUGAAGCGGUCUCUAAAAUGGUUCAAGAUGCAGUAUGGGCGUGUGGUAGUGAUAGGGCUCCGGGCCCGGAUGGGUUCUCUUUCAAGUUCAUCAAAAGAUUCUGGGAACAAUUAAAACACAAAUUUGGUGGCGUAUUAAAUGAUUUCUAUGAGAGAGCUUUCAUAGAAAGAGGCUGUAACGCCUCGUUUAUUGCAUUGAUCCCUAAAGUUAAAAACCCGCAGUCAGUAGAGGAGUUCAGACCAAUUUCGUUGAUCGGUGUGAUAUAUAAAAUAAUUGCAAAAAUCUUGGCUUUUAGAUUAAAGAAGGUGAUCCCAAGUUUAGUGAAUCCGGUGCAGACGGCUUUUGUUGAAGGCAGAUCUAUUUUUGAUGGACCAUUAAUCACAAGCGAGAUCAUAUCUUGGGCAAAAAAGAGCAAGAAAAAGAUGUUAAUUUUCAAAGUGGACUUCGAAAAAGCAUAUGAUUCAGUCAACUGGAAGUUUCUUUUAUCAAACUUGAAAGCAAUGGGAUUUCCAAGUAGAUGGACGAAAUGGGUAGGUGCGUGUCUGAAGUCAAGUUGGGCAUCGGUGCUUGUUAGUGGAUCGCCUACGUCGGAAUUCAAACUGGAAAGAGGGUUACAUCAAGGAGAUCUGUUAUCACCAUUUCUGUUCAUACUAGCUAUGGAGGCGUUAGAUGUCAUCAUGAAGAGGGCAGUAAGGAGAGGUGUCUAUAGUGGAGUUAGCACGCCAAACGAUGGCCCGUGUAUAACACAUCUGUGCUAUGCGGAUGAUGUGUUAUUCAUGGGAGAAUGGUCAGAGUCUAAUGUAUUAAAUCUUAAUCGUAUCUUGAGAUGUUUUUCGUUGUGUACAGGAUUAAAGGUAAAUCUAAAAAAGUCAAGCUUGUUUGGAGUCGGGGUAGAGGAAGAGGAGGUUGAAAGAAUGGCUGGAAUUUUAAAUUGCAAGAUCGGUUCAAUGUCGUUCAACUUCCUUGGAUUAACGAUUGGUGCAAUUAUGAAAAGAGAGAAGUACUGGAAGAUAGUCAUCGACAAAUUCAACAAGAAAUUAUCAGCCUGGAAAGCUAAGAGUCUAUCGUUCGUAGGAAGAAUGGUAUUAGCUAAAGCGGUGAUGGGGGCCCUUCUGAAUUAUUUCUUCUCAAUGUAUUUAGCCCCAGAAAAGGUUAUAAAAGCUUUGGACGCGAUUAGAAGAGACUUUACAUGGGGAAGAAAAGCUGGGAAAUACAAAAUACGUUGGAUAGUCUGGGGAAAAAUGACAAAACCGAGACAACAAGGUGGAUUUGGACUGGGCGACUUGAGAAGCGCAAAUCUCGCACUUAUGGCAAAGUGGUGGUGGAAAUAUAAAACGAAACCAGAGGAACUAUGGACAAAAGUGAUAAAGGCUAUACACGACACUAAUAGAUGUUAUAAAAUUAUGCCUAUUAAAGAACUUGGAGCUAUUGGAAUCUCGACAACAGAAGAGAUUGUAGCAGAAGUGGGAACAGGGAACACAGUGAAGUUCUGGUUAGAUAACUGGUGCGGCGGUAAGAGUUUUAAAGAGAGAUAUCCAGCACUUUUCAAGAUAGCCACGAAUAGACAAAUGAAAGUUGCAGAUCGUGUUGUCAAACUUGUAAAUGAAAAUCAGUGGAAAAUAGGAUGGGCAUGGCCACCAAGCUCUGAAGAGGAAUGGGCUGAAUGGAGUAACAUGCUUCAACAAUUAAACAACAUCAAAUUCAGAACUGGAGAGGACCGUUGGAAGUGGAAGUCGGCUGACAAGGGCGAAUUCUCGGUUGCAGACAUCAGGAAACAGAUUACUAAACAAGACGGAGCCGGGGUUGAGGAACAAUGGAAGUUCUGGAAUAGAUGGGUACCACCGAAAGUCAACUAUUUCUCGUGGAGAACGACGAUCGGGAGAAUCCCAGUAAAGAAGGAACUCAUCAGGAGAAGGAUACGGGUUAUAAACCAGUCAUGCUUAAGAUGUCAGACACAAGAGGAAACUAAAGAUCACGUAUUAUGUGGCUGCUUAUCAUCGAAAGCAGUUUGGGAAAAGGUAUUCAUUUGGCUAAAGUUGCCGGCGGCCACGGAUCUUCAAGGGUGUAAGGAAGCGCUAGAGUAUGCUAACGGAUUAACAGGAUCAAAUGAGUGGAAGAAAAUUAUAAGCGUUGUGGUUCAAACAACCAUGUGGAAUAUAUGGAAAUCUCGGAAUGAAAAGGAGUUCGAAGGCAUCACUCGUAACAGUAAUGAUAUAGUAGAAAAGAUAAUGGUGGAGAGCUUUAUUUGGUUAAAAAGUAGAUCUAAAUUCAGAGACGUGUUGAGUAUGGUACAGGUUAUUAAAGCAAAGGACUAUUCUGGUACAUUAAAUGAAGAUGGAGGUGGCUGCUUUGAUCGUUGUAUUGUUGAUAAUCGUUACAGAUCUUACUGUGUAAGAUCUAGGGUUUCAGUUGGACCUGUUUGUGUUCUGGUUGAUUCUCGGUUGUUUAUCAUAGAUCUGUACAAUUUUUACACGGGUUUCUUUUCUUGGGAACUGUGUUUGGAGGCUGAUCUUCUCAGAGCUAGUGAGGACUUGGUGUUGCCGGACGAAACCCUAGAUCUUGGGCUGGUGACUUCUGUUUGCUUCUUGGAUCUGAUUUCCACGUUAGUCUCUGAAACCAUAGAAGUUUCAGGGCAAACUAACCGGAAGUGUUCUUCGUGGUUUUCUAUAUCAGAUUUUGUAGUUCUUGAAAAACUACAGAUCUGA